AUGUCUAAUCUGUGGGAUCAGCUUGCUUUGACUGAAUCAACAGAGUUACGGGCAUUUGCCCCUUACAUUGUUCGGAGAGACGCACAACGUCUGGUUCAAUUUUUGAUGGCUCUUCGAGAUGAGUUUGAAGGUCUUCAUGGAACAAUCCUGCAUCGCAGUCCUCUUCCGUCAGUUGAUUCGGUGGUUAAUGAGUUGUUAGCAGAAGAGAUUCGCUUGAAGUCUUGUGUUGAUAAAGGGGGGGGGGGGGGGCGGAAAAUGGGAUUAUUCCUUCUCCGAAUCCCUCUGUCUUUGCAGUUCCUCAUCAGCCAGCCUCCAACAAUCAACACAGCCAAGGUUGGCUACGACGAAUGCAAUUUUUGCAAGCAAAAGGGACACUGGAAGGCUCAAUGUCCCAAACUGUUGAACAGGGUGCAAUCACCGAAUCAGUCUCCUCACUGGAAAUCUGGCAACCAACCUCAUCGACCUCUUCAUUCUAUGUCUUCGAACAUGGCAGCUAUAGUUCCACCUACAGACUCUGGAAGCACUCCUAGUACCUCGAUUGACACACUCACAGAGCAGUUUCAGAAGUUCAUUGCCUCGCAGCCACACGCCAUGUCAGCCUCCUCCCACAUAGGUUUGCCUUCUAGUAGUACACCAGGUAUAUCUUCCUCUAUAUGGGUCCUUGAUUCUGGAGCUUCACAUCAUAUGUCACCUAAUUCCAAUUCCUUUAUGUCCAUUAAAUCAACACCCUCUGUAUCUGUCAUGACCGCUGAUGGCACUCCCAUGCCAUUAGCAGGGAUUGUCUCGAUUUGCACUCCAAAAAUGUCAUUCUCUGAUGAUCCUCAUUUCAAGAAGCUGAUUGGGACACGCCGUAGGCAGGGGGGGCUUUACAUUUUAGAUGAGUUGAGAGUUCCUGAUGUUGCAGCUUCUAGUGUCGAUUUGUCUUCAUUUCGUUUAAGAGCAUUAGGAAAGUUACAAACCCAUGAUAUUUCAGAUUAUUGUGGUUGCAAAUUGGCAAAAUUUUCUGCUUUACCUUUUUAUAAGAGUGUUUCUGUUUCUCUUGCACCUUUUGAUUUGAUUCACUCUGAUGUGUGGGGGCCAUCACCCGUUCUAACAAAAGGUGGAUCACGUUACUAUGUCUAUUUUAUUGAUGAUUAUACUCGUUUUUGUUGGGUCUAUCUUAUGAAACAUCGUUCUGAUUUUCUCGCGAUUUAUCAUAUGUUUCGUGCUUUUGUUAAAACUCAACAUAAUGCUAUUAUCAAAUGUUUUCGAUGUGAUCUGGGUGGUGAAUAUACCUCCAAUCGUUUCUCUGAAUUUCUUGCUUUAGAUGGUACCUUACAUCAAACCUCUUGUACCGAUACACCAGAGCAAAAUGGGGUUGCCGAAAGAAAACACAGACACAUUGUUGAAACUGCUGGUUCUCUCUUAUUGUCUGCUUAUGUUCCUAGUGAGUUCUGGGGGGAAGCCAUUCUGACUGCAGUUCAUUCAAUCAAUAGAAUUCCGUCAUUUGUCACUUCAGGUCAAAAAGGAUAUCGAUGUUAUGAUCCUGUUAGUCAAAAACUCUAUGUUUCUCGUCAUGUUGUGUUUCUUGAGCAUAUACCUUUCUACUCUAUUCCAUCGGACACCCCUAAUCUACACAAAUCUGAUCUCACUCGUAUUGAUCCAUUUGAUUCUUGUACUGUUGAUACUCUUAACUCUGCAGAUGUCGGUUCUCAGCCUGUCGAAGUCCCUUCUGUCUCUACUACUGCCCAAGAUGCUUCUGAGAUUGUGGAUCCAGCUCCUCCUCCUCGCUACCCUCAAAGAAUUCGUAAGUCCACACAGUUACCUGAUUUUGUCUACUCCACUUAUUCUGAUUCUUUCUCUUCUUUUUUGACUUCUAUUCACCAACUCUCUGAGCCCUCUUCCUAUAAAGAGGCUAUUCUUGACCCUCUUUGGCAGUAG